AUGCCCCGGGAAAAGCUAGGGAUGAGCACCUCCCUGAGCUACAAGUCGUUCUCCAAAGAGCAGCAAACUAUGGACAACCUGGAGAAACAGCUGAUCUGCCCCAUCUGUUUGGAGAUGUUCACCAAGCCAGUGGUCAUCCUGCCCUGCCAGCACAACCUCUGUCGGAAAUGUGCCAGUGACAUCUUCCAGGCCUCCAACCCCUACCUGCCGACCAGGGGAGGAACGACUGUGGCGUCGGGGGGCCGCUUCCGCUGCCCCUCCUGCAGGCACGAGGUGGUCCUGGACCGACAUGGCGUCUACGGGCUGCAGAGGAACCUGCUGGUGGAGAACAUCAUCGACAUCUACAAGCAGGAGUCCACAAGACCUGAAAGGAAGUGUGACCAGCCAAUGUGCGAAGAGCAUGAAGAUGAGAGGAUUAAUAUUUAUUGUUUGAACUGUGAAAUGCCCACCUGCUCCUUGUGCAAAAUCUUUGGUGCCCACAAAGACUGUCAGGUUGCUCCUCUCACAAGUGUUUACCAGCAACAGAAGUCUGAGCUGAGUGAUGGCAUUGCAGUCCUGGUGGGGAGCAAUGACAGAAUGCAAGGGAUUGUCACGCAGCUGGAGGAGACCUGCAAGUCAGUUGAGGAAUGCUGCAAACGACAGAAAGAACAGUUGUGUGAAAAAUUUGAUUAUCUCUAUUCUGUACUGGAAGAAAGAAAAAAUGAGAUGACACAAAUAAUCACUAGAACCCAAGAGGAGAAACUGGAACACGUCCGAUCCCUGAUGAAGAAGUAUGCGGAUCACUUGGAAGCUGUCUCAAAACUGGUUGAAUCAGGAAUCCAGUUCAUGGAAGAACCAGAAAUGGCUGUGUUUUUGCAGAAUGCCAAAACAUUGCUACAAAAAAUUACUGAAGCUUCUAAAGGAUUUCAAAUGGAAAAAAUAGAGGAUGGGUAUGAGAAUAUGAACCAAUUCACAGUGAACCUCAGUAGAGAAGAAAAAAUAAUACGAGAAAUUGAUUUUGACAGAGAGGAGGAGGGAGAAGAAGAAGAGGAGGAGACAGAGGAUGGCGAAGGCUUGGGUCAAGUCCACACAGAGUCAUCAGGAGAGGAGGAAGAGGAGGAAGAGGAGGAAGAGGAGGAGGAGGUGGAAGAGGAAGGGUCAGAGGGAGCACCACAGGCACCUCAGCAGGACCCUGAAGCACAGAGUGCAGGGGGAGAGCCCCAGGCUGAACCCACUCCAGCGCCAGUGCUGGCUGCCCCAGCUGGUCAGGAUGUUGUUGUGACACCAAGUGGUUCUCAACAGACUCCCGAGUCUGACACCCAAGUGCCGGCCCCAGCAGAACCCACGGAUCCCCUGUUUUACCCUAGCUGGUAUAAAUCCCAGUCACGGCAACCAAGCAGCCCAAGCUCAAGCCCGGUGAGCGGGCUGGGGAAAGUAGGGACUCCUGUUUCUCUGGAAACAAGUGCAAAGAAGGCAGAAGCCCUGACAGCAGCAACAAUCGAGGAGAGUGCAGCAGGGAGUGGUAAGGAAAGUAAUGCCACUGCAGCGACAUCCAAGACUGGUUCUGAGCCAUACCCUCAAGGACGAGUGGAGGAAGUUCCCGUGAGCAGUGAGAGGGGUGACGAGCCGGCUCGUCAUGUCUUCUCCUUCUCGUGGCUGAACUCCCUGAAUGAGUGA